CGUGGACUCCACCAAGUUCAUAGUGUAGCCAAUGAUGACGUUGUCUCAUCCGGAGUAGCAUUCAUAUACCACCACUCACAUGAUCAACUUCCCCCAGCUAGUAUGCACCUGGCUCUCUCUCAGGGCAGCAAAUGCCACCAUCAGUUCGUUUAUGCUGAGCUCGCCGCCUACGGUGGUUAAGUGUUUGCAGCUGUUGUUGGGCGUAACUUUCCGUUCACUGGGGAGCCAGGAUAAAAUAUGGAAAAUUUUCAUACGUGCGACGCAGGGUCCACGUCAACACGGAUCGUGGGGCCGGGUGCGCGUUAGGCGAGGUAGUCAAAAUUCCGGUAACGAACUUGUAUUCGUUCAGAUUCCGAUGGGAGUAGAGCCGAAGAUCGCUCCGUCGAUGCUGUCAUCGGACUUCGCCAACUUGGCGUCGGAGGCCGAGCGUAUUCUCAACGAUGGCGCCGAUUGGCUCCACAUGGACAUCAUGGUAAUCAUUUCUCCGGUUGAUCUUAAUCCCAGUUCUGUUUUUGAAUCGAAAACGAAACCGCAUUUUGUCCCGAAUUUAUCGAUUGGUGCUCCUGUUAUUGAGAGUUUAGGAAAGCAUUCAAAGGCAUAUCUUGAUUGUCACCUUAUGGUGACAAAUCCAAUUGAUUAUGUUGAGUCUUUGGGUAAAGCUGGUGCCUCAGGCUUCACCUUUCAUGUUGAGGUCUCCAAAGAAAACUGGCAAGAGCUCAUCCAAAGAAUCAAGUCUAAGGGGAUGAGGCCUGCUGUGGCAUUAAAGCCUGGAACACCUAUUGAAGAAGUUUACCCCCUUGUUGACAGUGAAAAUCCUGUUGAAAUGGUUCUUGUGAUGACUGUAGAGCCUGGAUUUGGUGGACAAAAGUUCAUGCCAGACAUGAUGGAAAAGGUGCGAGUUCUAAGAAAGAAGUAUCCAUCACUUGAUAUAGAGGUGAGUCCAUGUUUCAUUAUAUAACCAUUUUCAUCAAAAAGAAGAAAAUAAAAGAAAGAGAAUCGC